AAGAAGAAAGAAAACUUUUUGAGAAAACUUAAAAAAUUGUUAGUUGUACAAACAAAAAUAAAUAAAAAUAAUUGUUUACCAUAAACAUUAAGAUAAAAUAAAUAAAAGUGUGUAACUAUGAACUGGCACAAGGGUAAUAUUGCAGAGGCCGUGGCCCUAUCUAAAACCAAAAAUGCAAUAUUUGUUGUUUAUGUUGAAGGCAAAGAUGAGGCCACCAUUAAACUGGGCAACAUUAUCAAUGACAAGCGCAUACGAGAGAAAUUGGAAUCCGAUGAUUUUGUUGCCAUCAAAAUUGAAAGCGAUAGUGAAUCGUACAUGCAAUUUGCCAGCAUCUUUCAGAUUGUGCCGGUGCCAUCGAUAUUCUUCAUUGGUGAAGCCGGUAAACCUUUGGAUAUAGCCACGGGUGUACUGGCCAGUAUAGAGGAGUUGGAAGGUAAAAUUGCUAAAGUAUUGCAGUUGGCUGGAAAAACACCGGCCGCCUCUGCUAUAAAUGAUUUUAUACGAGAGGAGUCAAAAGCUUCUGGCAGUACUGGAGCAGAAGCUAAAAAAGAAGAAGUGAAAAUGCCUGAAAGUAAAGAGUCAAGUACUGAAACCUCUGAAGAAAUUGUUUGUGAAAAUGGUGUAUGCUUUAAACAGACCAAAGAGCCAGUGCAAGAAGAAAAAGCUGACCAAGUGGAAGAAGAGAAAUCACAAACUGCUCAAGACGAAGAAGCUAAAUCACAAGCUGCUCAGGACGAAGAAGCUAAAUUGGCUGAAACACGAAAAUUUUUGGAACAGAAAAGACGUGAACGCAUAGAAGAAGAGAAACGUAUGGAAAAAGAACGUGAACUGCGUCGUCGCAAGGAAGGCAAAGACAUGCAAAACUUAUGUGCCUGGCAAAAGGAUGAAGAGCUUAAGGAAUUGAAAGAAAAUAUAAAACGUGAACGUCUAGAGGAACAGGCAGCCCGUGAUCGUAUAAGGGCACAAAUUGCCGCCGACAAGGCAGAAAGAGCACACAAAUAUGCCGUCGAAAAUCAAGCAAUGACAUCAAAUCAAGCGGCACAAAAUCCAAACACAACUAAAACUAUCAACACAUCAUCGGCAACAGCAUCUGACGAGUCACGUUUACAAUUCCGUUUGGCCAGUGGUGCCAGCAACACUCACAAUUUCAAGUGCUCCACUACAUUGGCCGAUAUACGUGAUUAUGUGACUCGGGAAUUUUUACCCGGUACCGGCAUUAAGGAAUUCACUUUGGCCACGACUUAUCCCAAACGUGAAUUGACAAACGAGCAUAAUGCCAAAACUCUCAUUGAACUCGAACUAUUCCCCAGUGCAGUCAUUUUAAUAAUUGGCAAAGAAGCCACUGGUCCCACAGCCAUUAUAUCACGUAAUGGUGGUUUGUUAAAUAUGAUGUCUGUCAUGAUAAUGGCCAUACUUAAUCCAAUAUUUUCAAUAUUCAACUCGGCCAAGAAUUGGUUGACCGGAAAGCGUAACGAUAGUGCCAGUGGUGGUGAGGGGAAUGCACAAACGGGAGCACAAAAAAGAGCUGGUGAAGAACAAAAUGAUGUGUCCAAACGUCGGAAUUUAGAUCGAUUUUUAAGUGGUGGCGGCACUGGCAACACAACUGGCACCAGCAAUCCAAAUCAAGGCGAUUCAUCACCAGGCUCAAGUCAAGGUGGCGCUACUCGUCGUUAUGUUGGUGGAUCAAAUAUACAUCGUCUAUCCGACAAUCGUAAAGAUUCCGAUGAUGAGAAUGCCACUUGGAAUGGCAAUUCUACACAACAACAAUAAUUAAAAUUGCCUUCAAUAUAUCGUUAAACAAAAGCCGAUUGGAUAUCGUAGGUGUAUUUCUUUAAGCUGUAGUAAAUACAAAACAGUCUCUAUAUAUUCCCCCUUAAUAUUCAAAUGUAUUUAAUUUUUAUUAUUUUUAAAAAUGUGUCCCACAAAAUUGAAUCAAAAAAUUUGUUUAUUUAGUUUAUGUUAAUAAAUGGAUUUUAAAAAUUAAAUUCCAUGUAAAAGAAACGAUUAUUUUGUAAAGUAUAACACCAUACAAUACAAUGAAAUAAAAAUUAGUAAAAUAAAUAUUUAAAAUAA